UAUCGAAUCCCCAACCAGAAAAAAAAAACAGAAUGAACGCGGCGGCGAGGAAUGGGUGGAGUCUGUUCCGGCGGGCGAGUGAGGGGCUGGGCGAGUCACUGAGUGGCGGGGCGAGUCAUGAGCAAGUUCGGGGGAUCCGGGUGAAGGUGCUGAACGGGAACUUGGAGCAGGCGCUGGCAUUUAUGCAGAGGAAGAUGCGGACGAGUGGGAUCGAGAGAAUGAUCAAGAACCCGCAGACCUUCCACCUCAAGAACUCCGAGAAGCGCGUGCUUGCACGCAAGACUCUCGAGCGUAGGCUCAGGUCCCAAGACCUCGCCCGGAAGCUCAAGGCCAUCCUCCUCAAGAAAGUCAGAGGCCUAUGAGAUCAUUCAAGCACAUUCUUGAUGGCGGAUGUUGCUUUCUCUUCUUGUAUUUCAUGAGUACUGCAGCACCUGCUUUUCAUCUGGGUUCUUGGCAGCUUCUACUGCCACUCUAGUUUUCAUAGAUGAAUGGAUUUGACUGUGUAUUUCAAAAGUUCGUAUGUCAGUUGUAAUUCUGCAUCAAUUUUGCCAUUAAACAAGAAGGUUAUGGUAGUUUGCCAAUAUCUUCAUCAUCCAGAGCAUAGGGGCGAUGGGAGAAGUCAUGAGUUUCAUUAUCAAUUUGCAUAAAGGGCAACUAUUGUCCUAAAUAUGAGCAUAUCUGGAAAGUCUUUUUCUGGUCUUUAGUCUGCUAUUCCUGGAAAGUAACAUAUAAGAUAAGUGACGCAUCCUUUUGCCCAGUCACCCUUGUUUAAUUUGUAGUAACUAGUUACAACUUACAAACUGUCAUUGAUUGCUGCAUAUUGGAUUAUGUCAAAAGUUUUCGAAUUGUACAGUUAAAGUUUACAAUUGCAAAUUACACUUGAGAAUGCCAAUUUAAAGGUUUACCUGGGGUAAUCAACCUUUCUUUAGAUGAAGUUACAGAUAUUAUGUUUUUAAUAUAUGCACCCUAUUGAUCAGUGACAGUUAAUGUGAUUUGCAAGAUGAAACUGAAUAAGAAGGUUAAGUCAACUUUGCAACAACUAUUCUCUAACUUAUUUCUUUUCUUCUCAAUCGAAGCUUAACUCUGAUCUUAUUUUGCAUCGUGCAGUUUUAUUUGAAGAAAUCAGUUAAGCAUUUAUGAAGAGACGUCUGAUCAAAACCUUUAUGGUCGACUCAUCCCUAGGCUACAAGAGAGUGGCUAGUCUGUAUAGGUUACGAUGCUAUUCACAAGCUGCUGUAACAUGGUGACUGCUGUGACACUAAUCAGAUUGAAAUGGUGGAAUGCUCUAAUCUGAACGAGAAUGAUGACUGAAGGCAUUUCAUAUAACCCACAAGCACGCUUGAAUUUGCAAGGAAAUAGGACGCCGAAGGAGAUUAUGAGGUGCCAGACCCCAGUUUUUGGCCUACAACUUUUGCCACAGAACUGGCUAAGCUGU